AUGUCGAACUGUUCAGAGUCAAAGUUUCUGGAACUCUACCGCGGAUCGACGGUUCUACUCGCUGGAGGGACGGGUUUUUUAGGAAAGACCUUGUUGGAAAAGAUUCUUCGAUGUCUACCGGUCAGGAAGAUCUACCUGUUAAUCCGCACGAAGCGAGGAUGCUGUGGCGAGGAGCGAUUGAAGACAAUUCUGGAAGAUCGAUUGUUUGAUCGCGUUCGUAAGCCGGAACUGAUCGCCAAGAUUGUACCCGUUGAAGUGGACUAUGCGGAGAAGGACUUCGGACUUGCAUCCGAGUUGACUUGUGAAAUUCGGAAGGAGGUGGAGAUAGUGUUGUAUUGCAUCGCAACGGUCAAGAUGACGGGAGCGUUGAAGGAAACGGUUGAGACGAACGUGUUUCUUGCGAGAAGAAUGCUCCGAUGGUGUCGGACCUUCCCAAGGUUGGAGGCGUUCGUGUACACAUCGACGUUCUACUGUAACUUUGACAAGGAGAUAUGCGAAGAAAAAGUGUACAAGGAACUACCAUUUGGAAGCUACGAUAUUGUCAUGAAUAUGAUGAAGUAUUUGUCGGCUGAGGAGUGUGAACAGUUGAAAAGUACAAUCUUGCAGAAAUUUCCAAAUACGUACACUUUCAGCAAACGACUAGCAGAGAUCAUGAUCGAGACUGAGUUUGGACAAACUUUGCCCAUUGCGAUCUACCGACCUCCAGUUAUUACUCCAACGUGUCGUGAACCGAUGCUAGGUUGGACGGACAACUCUUACGGACCGGUGGCGUUCGUCAAAAGCUUUUGGGACGGCCUGGGACUUGUAAAGUAUGAAAACGCUCGCGUCAAGUGUGACCUUGCUCCCAUCGACUAUUGCGCGAAUGCCGUGCUGAUUUGUGCGUUCGAUGUUGCUGAGAAGAGACGUGUUAGCAGUGAUGCCUGCGUUCCGGUGUACAAUCAUCACAGUAAUAUGGUCAAGACCACUUUUGGUGACAUGACGAGCUGUAUUGGAGAUUCGCGGAAGGGAUUUUGGGAGAGGAUAAUAUGGAAGUACUGCUGGUUUUCAACGCCGUUUCUUUGGAUGAUGUACCUGAACGUAAUUUUAGCCAAAAUUAAAGACUGUCUUGCACAGUGGCUUCCGGGUUCUAAUCCAGCACACAAGUUCUACUAUCAAUGGUCUGCAAUGUGGUUCAUGCGAUACAGCCAGUCCGUAGGUUUCGUGACAUUUCGCAACUGGAAAAGUGUUUCGAGCAACCUUAAGCAAGCCCAGAGGAACCUCAGCGAGCACGAGCAACAAAUAUUCUUCACCGACCUGGAUGAAAUCAACUGGCGCGAGUAUUUGAGUGGUUACGUCGAUGGCGCAAUCCAAUAUCUUGAGAGUGUAAAUAAAAAGAGAUUAAAGAGUUGA